CACCUUGGCUUUGUAUUAUUAACGAUCCAGCGAGCCCUCAGGUCUAAGCGACAGUGUGCACACUCAGAAUUUUGUUUUAGAAAAUGUCCGAGAAGGGUGCUGUGGGAUCAUGGUCGACUGGCUUAUGCGACUGCUUCUCUGAUUGCGGCAACUGCUGCCUCACGUUGUGUUGCCCCUGCGUUAGCUUUGGAAGGAUAGCUGAGAUCGUGGACCAAGGAACAACCUCUUGUUGUGUACAUGGAACACUUUUCUGUCUACUUGGUGGUUUUACAUAUUUUGCGGGUAUCUACACGUGCUUGUACCGUACAAAAAUAAGGAGGCAAUAUGGGAUUGAGGGUCACCAAUGCACCGAUUUCUUGUCGAGUUGCUUCUGCUCCCACUGCGCCAUUUGCCAAGAGCACCGUGAACUCCAAGCCCGUGGAUUCCGCGUCUCUGCUGGUUGGGAAGGGAAUGUGCAAAUGCAAACGAGCGGCGUGACGGCGGCUCCGGCGGUGGAAGGUGGCAUGAGCCGUUAGUGGUGAUGUCGUAAUCGAUUCUGGUGUCGUUUAGUGAGUGUGAGUGAUAAUGGAAUAAGUUGUCCAAGACUUGGAAGGAUAUCAUCAUGCGUGCUCCACCACAUGUGUGUGUCCUGUGUGUCUCCAAUAAUUCCAAGUCCAACAAGUAUGCGUCUCUCUCUCUCUUCAAAAUUUAAUAAACUUAAGGUUUAAUUAUUUUUCUUUA